UCACAACAAAUCCAGCAAAAAUUACGAUAAAUACCAUAUUUAUAUGAGAGAACAAAAUUUUAGUUUAUUCUUCAAUUCAGCCAUCUACCCGAAACCAACAUGUGUCCAGCUCCACCAAGUUGUUAUUGCCCGGAUCCCGCGUCCCCCAUCUACACCGACAUCUCCACGAACACUUCCUUCGUAGAUGUAGAAGAGGUGAAGUCGGCCGAGGAGCUCGAGGAACAGCUGGACGAACAAUAUAGUAAUCAAAAGUUCUUCAUUGAAGAGGAGCACAUGGGCCGUGUUUUUGGCGUCUCCGGUCCGGUCGUCAAUGCCGAGGAAAUGGCUGGCGCUGCUAUGUACGAGCUGGUGCGUGUGGGACACUUCCAUUUGGUGGGCGAAAUAAUCCGACUCGAAGGCGAUAUGGCCACCAUUCAGGUGUACGAAGACACAUCUGGCGUCAGUGUGGGCGACCCCGUCUAUCAGACGGGCAAGCCGCUAUCCGUGGAGCUGGGCCCCGGCAUUAUGGGCAGCAUAUUCGAUGGCAUACAGCGCCCGUUGCGCACCAUUAACGAAUUAACCAAGUCCAUUUAUGUGCCCAAGGGUAUAGACAUCAAGAGUCUGCCACGCAAUAUUUCCUAUGACUUUUCGCCGGAGCGUCUAACUACGAAUGACACCCUGACCGGUGGGGAUAUCUAUGCCACAGUACAUGAGAACUCUAUGCUGGAACAUCGCCUAAUGUUGCCACCACGAAGCCAGGGACGCGUCAAGUGGUUGGCGCCGGCAGGACACUAUAAAGUGGAGGAUGUCGUACUGGAAACUGAGUACGAGGAUAAGGUGACGCGCCACACCAUGCUACAGGUGUGGCCAGUGAGACGCAGCCGUCCCGUUGUCGACAAGCUGCCCGGCGCCCACCCUUUGCUGACGGGACAGCGUGUACUCGACGCAUUCUUUCCCUGUGUCCAGGGCGGCACUACGGCCAUACCGGGUGCAUUCGGAUGCGGAAAGACAGUCAUCGCGCAAGCCCUAUCGAAGUACUCCAACUCCCAGGUGAUCAUCUAUGUAGGCUGCGGCGAACGGGGCAAUGAAAUGUCCGAAGUAUUACGCGAUUUUCCGGAACUCACCGUCGAGGUCAAUGGCAAAAAUGAAUCGAUCAUGAAGCGCACGGCAUUGGUGGCGAACACCUCCAACAUGCCUGUGGCGGCACGUGAGGCUUCCAUCUAUACGGGAAUUACGCUCUCGGAGUACUUUCGCGAUAUGGGUUAUCAUGUGGCCAUGAUGGCUGAUUCCACAUCUCGUUGGGCCGAAGCUUUGCGUGAAAUUUCGGGACGAUUGGCUGAAAUGCCGGCUGAUGCGGGGUACCCGGCCUAUUUGGGAGCGCGUCUCGCUUCCUUCUACGAGCGAGCGGGUCGUGUACGUUGCCUGGGAAAUCCGGAACGUGACGGUUCCAUUUCAAUUGUGGGCGCUGUGUCGCCACCCGGUGGGGACUUCUCCGAUCCCGUUACCUCGGCUACGCUCAGCAUCGUGCAAGUAUUCUGGGGACUGGACAAGAAGUUGGCACAACGUAAGCAUUUUCCCUCCGUCAAUUGGUUGCAAUCCUACUCCAAGUAUAUUCGAGCUCUGGAACCUUACUAUGAAGAGACCCAUCCCGAGUUUAUAGAGCUGCGAGCACGGGCCAAGCAAAUUUUGCAGGAGGAGGAGGACCUCUCCGAAAUUGUACAGCUUGUGGGCAAAACCUCGCUUACCGAGUCGGACAAAAUCACACUGGAGGUGGCCAAAAUGCUCAAGGACGACUUCCUGCAGCAAAAUUCGUACAGCGACUACGACGCCCUAUGUCCCUUCUAUAAAACGGUGGCGAUGCUGCGCAACAUGAUGGCCUUCCAUCGCUGUGCUUUGGAAGCUGUAAAGAAUACAGCGGGCCAGGAGUUGCGCGUCACUUGGGGUGUCAUUCGGGAGCGGACCGGUAAAAUAAUGUACCAGCUGUCCACUAUGAAGUUUAAGAAUCCAAAGGAGGGGCAGGCGGCCAUCGAAGAGGAGCUUAAUCAGUUGUAUGACACUAUCGUGAAAACCUUUAAGCAUCUCGAGGAAAAUAUAGAAUUGUAUUACUGAUGCCUACAAAUGUGUGCGUUACCAGUUAUUGGACAAUCUUUUGGCAACUUACAAGUAUGUACAUUUUCUCUCCACAAAUGACUAUUCUGAGCCACACAAGCAGCGAAAUAAAUAAACUGUCUUUGAGAUUGUUGUUUA